CUCUAUUGCUAUAGAAGAUGUCAAGAUGGGGCGGUUGCUGUUUGUUCAUCUGAUUUUUUCUUCAAUACUUUUAAUUCAAUUCCAAGCAAACUCAGAGGAUAACCCAACAAAGAACGAAGAAAGAAGCUUAGAUCGAAACAGAAAAGGAGGAGGUCAUAAGGCGGAUGCCCCAGAUGUUUCAAGGUUUCAACGAUCAUGUUCAACUGAAGAAUGCAGGGAAAAAGAAUUCAAUGAUAUGCUCGACUCCAUUCUGAUCUCAGAAACAACUACGGAGGCUGAACCGGUAGAGGCUCCACCGAGGCAGGUUCCACAGAGACCAAAGCGACCCUACAUGGUUCGACCCAGCAGUAACGGGCACUUUCUUCAUGACGUUGUAACUUGGGUUGAAAGAACAAAGAGGGCCAUAUUUGGAUUUGGAUAACAUUUCUGUAUAGUUACUUUCAAGUGAAAUAAAAAGUAUUCACCAAUAACUAAAAUAGGCGCAUCGAGGUGAAACCAAUCCAUUUAA